AUGUGGAAGCAGCAGCAGCGAGCCGAGGCCAUGCUGUCCUCCCGCAGACACAGAGACCAAGGCCCCCCUGAGCACUCCGGACCGUGGGGCUCUGGCAUGACUGCAGCUCAGAAGUCCUCUGAUCUCUCCUCGCUCAGCUCUGGUGCUGGAGCCACCAGGAUGAGGGGCCCACACCAGGGCACCCCAAACCAGAAGGGCCCUAGGAGGCAGCAGGUGGAUCCUCACCGAACUUCUCCGGACUCUGGGGCUUUACGCUUCUUAAAAAAACCCGCUGCUGCCCAGGACCAGCCCAAAGAAAGUGCAGUGUCUUCAGUGCAGCUGUCCCAGGCUGCGGCUCUCAGCAGACUGGCUCAAAUAGAAAUGCGCUUUGGAAAAAGUCUCAACACGAAAAGAGAGCCAGAAAUGCGCUUUGGAAAAAGUCUCAACACGAAAAGAGAGCCGGUGGUGUCCCCCAGCACACGCUUAACAGAGGAGUCGGACAUCAGACACCAGCUCUCGUCCCACUCUUCACUUAUUUCUUCCCCUCCGGCCCUCUCCUCUACCGGCUCCGCCCCUCACUCUCCCCCUCUGUCUCCUGUCUGUGGGAAUGUGCUUUCCCUGGAGGAGUUGUGUUCCCUGGAUGCUGCAUCAGGAGAGUCCAACAGUGACCAUUCUGCACACUUCCGAAUCAAUUUGAUGGACGUGGACGACCUGGGUCCUGCCGAUCUGCCUCUGGAGGAGGCUAACGGGGGAGAGGAGCUACUAGGGCAGGAGCUACCAGAAGAGGACCAGGUGUCAGAAGCGGAGGUACCAGAGGAGGAGGUGCCAGAAGAGGAGGUGCCAGAGGAGGUACCAGAGGAGGUGCCAGAGGAGGUACCAGAGGACAUCCCUGGAGAAGACUACCCCAGUGACUUUGAGAGUGUAGUUCCCACAGAGAGCGUCUCGGUGGGCUCCCAGGACAGCAUGGUGCCCCCUUCUCCUCGCUCAGCAUCCAGCUCCUCCAGCUCCUCCACCUCCUCCACAACAGUCACCAGAGACAGAAGCCCUGAGCACCGGGCUCCUGUAGCUCCACCCCGCAUCUCCAGGGCUCACUCCCAGGGGGACUCCACACACACUGGGAGGACUCAUCAUGUUUCUGCUGAGUGUGGUGGCUCAUGUCUUUCUGUGGGGCCGCUAAUGGAAAUCUUGAGGCAGCAGCUCGCCCUCACCUCACACCUCAUCAGCAGCUCUCGGCAGCAUCAUGCUCGGUUACUGGAGGAUCUAGGACCCCCCAACUACAGAUACAUCACUCUGGAGGACAUGCUCCAGAUGCAGACAGGAGUGGGGGAUCUUUCACAGCAGGGCACAGAGAUGUAUAGACCAGAGAGAAGCAGCAGCCCUUUCUCUCUCCUGGAUAUGGACAUGUGGGACACCAAUCUCACUGCCCAGUCUUCGGCUUGGAGUGGCAUGGCAAGAGUUUCUGGGUCCGGCUUUAUGUCCAAAGUUAAUACGAGUUCAUCUGGAGGUGGUGAGAGUUUCAGACAGACUGACUCAGGUCUGAGGAAAUGGCAGUCUCUGUCCCAGCUGGCUCCAAACAUCUCUCCACGCUCCUUUUCCCCGUCGCCUCCGUCGGACCUGCGCUCAGCACGAGGCCAGAGUCCUUUCAGACAGUCUGGAGUGAUGCAGUGGCUCCAGGACGCUCAGCAGAGGAUGGACCCCCACAUGGACCUGCUCCGAGAGCGCAUUCCCUACAGUGCAACGCAGCUGGACCUGAAACACAGGGAGAGACAUACUUCUGACACGGAGAUAUUCAAACUAAAGCGCGAGCUUCGAGAGCCCGAAUCAAAAGCAAAAAAACAAGAAGAGGAGUGUGAACAAGCAAUGCAUAAAUUAAAAACCGCCACAGAGACGCAGAAGACGCUGCUGAGUCAAACAACGGAUCUGAACCAGAGACUGACCCAGACUCUGCAAAACCUCACCGAGCUGCAGGAGCAACUGAGGGAGGCCAAUAACAAGAUAAGCCGAGCAUGUCUGGAAAAAGCAACGUUGUCAACUCAAGUUUUAAAACUAGAAGAGUCUGUGCGGGAACUAACGCUUCAGGUUAAAACGGCACAAGACGACAAAGACAACUUGACGCAGCUUACCAACGACGUCCUGCGUCUCUCUAGGCGUUCGGAUCGAGUUGGUCUCGGAGCUUGCAAUGGGAGAGGUGCACCCACGAGGCACUUGUCCAAUCUCCCGUCGUCGCCCUCCACGUCGAGCCCUGGAUCCGGCUUCGAAGGACCAAAGUAUGAAAAAGCGGAUCUGCAAGAGAAAGUUGAUUUUCUCGAGCUUCAGCUGGAGACACCGCAGAUAAACGACCCGGCACACGAUGGAACAAAUGAUGAAAAAACGGCCGAGCUGAAGCAAGAAGUAGCUGCUUUGGAAAUAAUUCGUGACAACCUGUUACGUGAGAUGGAAGCGACAAAGCAGACGCUAAACACGUCUCAGAGUGAAGUUCGAAAGCUGCAGACGGAAAAGGCCUCAACGUCACAGCGGAUGGUAGAUUUGGAAAAGGAAUGUGCGGCAUUGAGAAGCAGAAUUCCGACCCAUGGAGAGAGUUUGGAGGAUCUGAAGGAAGAAUUGACGCGACUCGAAGAAUCCUUGAAAUCGACCCAACUGGAGAAGCAGAGGCAGCAGGACCGUUGUCUGUUUUUGGAGACUGCCGUGUUUGAAAAGGAGCAGCAGCUGAGACUUCUGGAGGAGAACUGUGGCAGAACGGACGCAGGUCGGGUCCGGAACAUCGCCGAGCUGAAGGUGGUGGUCUCCCAUUGGACGGAGAAGUGGCAGAGGGCCGCUUUGGCGUUAGAGUCUGCGGAGAGCGAGCUGGAGGAGCUGAGGAGGAGAAGCAAAAAUGAAUCAGAUUCGUAUCUCAGGCUUGAGCUGAACGCAUGUAAGCAAGAACUGGAGCUGGUGAAAAGCAGAAGUCAAGCUAUGCUCAUUAAACAGAACAGAAAUGGAGGUGACACGCUCCAAACUCAGGACAAAGAGACUAUGACAGACUCCCGUCAUCAGAGCCAUCAGAACAAACCUAAAGAUCAGGAAACCUCAGCUGAAGAGAGGAGAAAUAACACAGAGCAGCAGACAUUGGUCGAUGAGCAGGAAAAAGAAGAAAAUGAAAUGUCUGGAGAUGGAUCAGCUCAAAGCUGGAUCCAAACACCAAUGUCUUUAACACGACAUGAUAGGUGGGGCUGGCAUCCGGACUCAAGUCUCAUGCCAGUGUUUGAGGAGGAGGAGCCGGGGGAUGAAGAUCAAGACGACAAGACGUCAGCGGUGACCGAGCGGAGCGGCAGUCGAGACCCAUUCCUGCUGAGGACUACGUCUUCCCCUGCUCUGGACCAGGACCUCCUGCUGUGUCCUGAUGGGAUCUUUCAGGUGGAGAGAGUCGAUAUUUGCAGCCCUGAUGAAGACGAAGCCACUUAUUAA